AUGUCCACUUCUCAGCAAACUGUUUGUCAAACGGAUUUCCGUCCUUCAGAAUUAGGUUUUGGCGCUGGCGCUCUUUCAGGCACCUAUGACAAGAUCGAGUCUCACUGGCCCGUCGAGGCAUGUCGCGAAGCAUUGCGAGGAGGCAUCAAUGUAUUCGAUACCUCUCCAUACUAUGGUGCCAGUGAGUUUGUGCUGGGCGAUGCACUUGAAGCUGUCAGAGACGAGUUUCCACGUUCAACGUACUAUAUCCAAACCAAAGUGGGCCGCUAUGGCGUAACUACCAAGGACUUUGACUACCGUGCCGAGCGUAUCCUGGACAGCGUCAAGGAAAGCAUGCGUCGGUUGCGCACGGAUUAUUUGGAUCUCGUGCUUUGCCACGAUGUCGAGUUUGUUGAUUUCCAGGAUGUUGUGGGACCAGGUGGAGCUCUGGAAGCUCUUUUCAAACUAAAGGCUGAAGGCAAAAUCAAGUAUGUUGGCUGCUCUGCAUAUCCAUUACCCGUGUUGCUCAAGAUUGCCGAACACCAAGCAGCCAAGGGUCAGCCUUUGGACGUGAUCUUGUCCUACUGCCACUACACGCUCCAAAACACAAAAUUGGCCGAAUAUACCCCUAAAUUCCGAGCUGCUGGUGUCCGCUAUGUUGCCAAUGCUUCGCCGCUAGGCAUGGCCUUGUUCCGUGAUGCCGGCCCACCCCAGUGGCACCCUGCCCAUGCCGAACUCCGUAAUGCUGCAAAGCAGAGUGCAGAAUACGCCAAAGAAAACGGUUUGAAUAUCUCCGAGCUCGCUUCCAUGUUUGCGUUCACUGGCCGCGAUAUCUUCCAGCUCAACACGACGUAUAUUGGAUUGGAAAACAAGGAGGAUGUGCAGAAGGCUUUGGCUGCUUGGAAACGCGUCAAGGACCGUGAACAGGAUCUGGAGAAGCCCACGGAAACGGAAACAAAGGUUUUGGAUAAGGUGCGCGAGUUGUUGGCUACAUACAAGGAUUAUUCGUGGCAGAGCCCCACUCCUCGAGAAUUAGCAUAA